GCUUAAUGAACAGCCUUUGUUGAUCAACUCAAUUUUAUUAAUAUCAUUUUGGGUAUAUGUCAUUUUCUCAUAAAGUACAAUUGAAAACAAUAUUAGUCAAUUUGAAGCCUAAUUUUAAAAAUCAAAACUUCGAUAAUGGAAGUUCGCAAGUUACCAUUCACACCAUGGCGCUGCUUUCGGCUGCUGAUGAAUCUCCGCAGUAGUGACUUUCCAACGACAUUGACUCGACCUCCACGCCACCCCACAACAACUUGAGCAACUCCUGCAUUGUUAUUGUUGGUUGAUCCAUCCAAUUCCCGUCCGGCCAAAACGAUUCCUUUAUCACCUGUUUCGACGGUCCAAGACAUACCCUCUUCAGCUUAUGCCACCCUCUUUCUCUAGCCGCCCCCUUCCAGUCUUCGGCACUCGCCCUCGGCUUCUCCGACGUUCCCAAGAGGAAGUGAUUGGUGAAAAGCUUUGGAGAGUAGCAAACGUUGGGGGCCUUUGAAUCUUUUAGACUAGGCUGAAUCCUCAGGAUAUUGGAGAAGCAGGGGGCAUCUAGUAACCAUGGAGGAAGGUAUGGGAGCAUUGAAAUACUCGCGGACAGCCUAUGAAGAGGCAUUGGAUGUACUGUUCUCGUUGAUUGUCAACCGUAGACGCUGCGAUAAAUCUGGAGAUCGGUUUGAGUUGAUGUUUGAGUAUGUAAAGAUGCUUGAUUUAGAGGAGUCCAUGUCGAAAAUGAAGGUCAUCCAUGUAGCUGGCACCAAAGGCAAGGGAUCCACGUGCACCUUUACCGAAUCCAUAUUGCGUAAAUGUGGCUUCCACACUGGCCUUUUCACUUCUCCUCACCUUAUUGAUAUCCGAGAAAGAUUUCGCUUGGAUGGCAUCGACAUCAGUGAAGAAAAAUUUUUAGCCUAUUUCUGGUGGUGUUAUAAUAGGUUAAAGGAAAAAACUAGUGAGGAUGUACCGAUGCCUCACUUGUUUCGCUUCCUAGCGUUACUUGCGUUCAAAAUUUUUUCAGAUGAACAGGUGGAUGUAGCUAUCUUGGAGGUUGGUUUAGGUGGAACUUUUGAUGCUACCAAUGUGGUCCAGGCACCCAUUGUGUGUGGUAUAGCUUCUCUGGGUUACGACCACACAGAACUUCUUGGAAAUACUCUUGGUGCGAUAGCGUCUGAGAAAGCUGGUAUCUUCAAGGUUUGCCUCAAGAAACUUUCCUUAAAGCAUGAACGUCUAGGAAUAAUCAGUUCAUUUUGUUUCCAUCCUUUCACUUUGGUGCAGCGUGGGGCUCCAGCUUUUACUGUAUUUCAACCUGAUGAAGCCAUGCAUGUGCUUAGAGACAAAGCUUCCCAGUUGGAUGUACAACUUACAGUAGUGCCAUCGUUGGAUCCGGAGCUUCUACAAGGUCAUAAACUUGGGCUUGAAGGCGAGCACCAGUAUCUAAAUGCUCGUCUUGCUAUUGCGCUAUCCUCCACUUGGCUUCACAGGACUGGCCGUUCCAAUCUGUCGUACAAGGAACAGAGUGGGUCUUUGCCUGAGCAGUUCAUAGAAGGGCUAACCACUGCCCGCUUUGAAGGGCGAGCUCAGAUUGUUCCUGAUAGAUAUAAUGAUAUUGAAACCCCGGAAGAUCUUGUCUUUUAUUUGGAUGGAGCCCAUAGUCCUGAGAGCAUGGUGGUUUGCAGUAGCUGGUUUUGUGCUGCAAUAAAACAUAACCAGGAAGGGAUCUUAAAUCAUCAGUUGGAUGAUAAUGGUACAUCUUCAAAUAAACUUCUUCAAGGAUAUGAUAAUGAUGAGGCAAGGAAGAAAUCUGUGCAGGUGCUAUUGUUCAAUUGUAUGUCGGUACGAGAUCCACAAUUGCUUCUUCAACCUCUGAUCAAAACGUGCGCAAAUAAUGGGGUCCACUUCAAGAAGGCACUCUUUGUUCCAAAUACAUCAUUGUUUAACAAGGUUGGAACCCAUGGUUUAGCAGAAGCAAAUGGUGAAGUAGACCUUUCUUGGCAGUUCCAUGUUCGAAGGGUGUGGGAAAACAUCAUCCAAUCUGAGAAAGGAGGCGAUUCUCAAGGCAUUGGUGCCAUGGUUGAAGAAGAAAGUGAAAAACCAGAAGUGAGUGGUAAGAGCUGCGAGAACAGCGCAGUGUUUUCUUCUCUCCCAAUGGCCAUUAAAUGGCUCCGGGAUAGUGUUCUGCAGCAGAACAGGUCCAUUCGACUUCAGGUUCUUGUAACUGGUUCUUUACAUCUUGUGGGAGAUGUGUUGAAAUUAAUCAAGUGAAGGACGAGUCCUGUUUGGCGUCCAUGGCGAUGGGACUACGCUUUUACUCGAACAACGACAUCAGCAAGAACUCGGUGCUAGAAUUCUUUGAACAUUCAUGGUCUCAUAUUUGUUGUUUACAAGACUUGAGGUAAUAAUGGCCUUCUUAGGCUUCCAUUUUUAUCAGGGUUACAUUUAUUCUCUUUGGAAUAAUGAAAAUGCCAAAAAUAUAAAAACUAUACUUAU